AUGGAGAUCACAGAGGACGAAGAUCAACAGAAUGGGAAAAAAGAACCAACAUCUACUAAAGCUGACGAAACAAAAGUAACUGAGACACAGCUCGUUGAAGAAACUGAUCCAAAUUUGAAAUAUGUGAAACCAGACAAUUCCGAAGAUUCGGAAGAACGGGGCAACUCUGAAAAACCAGUUGCUGGGAAACCUGAUGCUGAAAAACCUGAUGAUGAAAACCCUGUUGCUGGGAAACCUGAUGGUGAAAAGCUUAAUGCUGAAAAGCUUGAUGCUGAAAAACCUGAUGGUGAAAGACCUGAUGGUGAAAAACCUGAUGGUGAAAAACUAGCUGAUACUAAAAAACCUAAUGGGAAAACAAAAAAUGAUUCAGAUGAUG